AUGUACGAGAAGAAGCUGCUGCUGAUGCGGCGUGAAAUGGCUGACAUCAAAGGAAUUCGCUACUCGCGACAAUUAGAAAUGGCUAUGUUGGGCAAGACAUCUUCAGAGUUGGGAAAGGAUCUCGAUGAUAGGAUACGUGAAGAGUUCCAAUCAGCCGGUGUCACAGCAUUUUGCUACCUCUUGUUGGAUCCCAGAAAGAUUAUGGAAGAUUUGGAUGCACUAGAUCUGAAGUCAUUUGUACCAGCGAUCUUUUAUGUAGGAAAAGGAACGAAAGCUCGACCCCUUGCUCACUUGAUCGAGGCUAAAAAGGAAAGAAAUGCAGGAUCUCCGAAAAUGGUUUCCAAUGCGAAACUGAAGCGGAUUGACUCAAUUUGGGGAAGCGGGAAUGGAGUUCUGUGUCUUCAAAUUAAUCACAGUGUAUCGAAUGAUGAAGCAUUUGUUCGGGAAGCUGCAUUGAUUGAAGCGAUUCGACUAGAGAAUUUGACUAAUGUGAAGGGAGGAGAAUGGCGUGGCGGUAGCAAGAUGUGGACAAUGCCAAUGAGAGCUCAGUUUGGCACCUAUCAACUACAGAGAGCCCUUGGUGUCUUGAAAAUGGAAGGAUUGCGACCAAUCAAGCCGGAAGCGCUUCCGGAAUCUUUAUAUCCACAUGCACAGAAGAAAAAUCCUUGA